AUGGACACGAUCGGCCACGUCACAUGGGUCCUCGACGCCCCGCAGCCGCAGUGCUGCCCCUGCGCGGCCACUGCCUACCCCGGCUGGACGUACAACCACCACCGGGGGAUGUGGCUUACCUGCCUCGGGUGCGGCGGCGGCGCCGCCGCGGGCGUGCUCUCGGGGCCCCCCGUGUACCGGGUCGAGCACCAGUGUCCCGGCUGCUUGAUCGACGGGGUCAGGGUCUUUCACCGGCCCGUGGUUGUCGAGCGGGAUAACCCUGCGGCUGAGGAGAGGGAGAGGGAGCGGCGGGAGAGGGCCAACCUGGCGGGGGCGAGGCCCCGGCCCAGGGCGAGAAGUCGGAGUCGGAGUCGGGCUCCUCCUGUUCCUCCUCACAGGGUCGGCAGGGACCAGCGCGCGCGGAGGUCUCAUCAUGGUGGCGGCGGCAGGAUGAGCAUGGGACCGCCGCCGCCGCCGCCGGCCGUCGUGGAGGGCGAGGAUCGUGGACUGGGCGUGCCGCACCGUGCCGGUGUUUGUGCCGCCCCCGCCGCCCAGGUUCGAGUUGUGGAUGGAAGCCGCGCCGGCGCCUCAGUACUACUACCACCACCAGCACCACCAGCAUGGGCGAUCGUCGUCUGCGGCCCCAUCAUACUGGACCCGGAGGAGAUCGCCGUCGUCCGUGCCCCGGGGCCGACGGGGCGGCGGGCGUCGGUCAUCUAGGUCCAGAUCUAGAUUCGCGCCUCCGAGUUACCGGGGGCG